AUGCUAGACAUUGACGAAUCAGCGACUGCCACCACACUGAAUGCCUCAGAAGGUGGUCAGACCUGGUGCUGGUAUGUUUGGGCGGCAACCGGGAGCUCUGGAUUCCAGCUAGAUGGUGUCUAUAGAAUGGAUCCAAUUGGUUAUAUGGAGGGCAUAUGGCUACUCUGGAAUACGCAGGAGCGCAAGGAACAAUUGUACUCAUUUUUGUCCCUCCGUGGCCUUGUUGGUCCACCUAUAACAAUGAUGAACAAUUGUACUGAUGAGGAUAGGCAGAUUGCAAAUUUCCUUUGGAAGUCAAAUGUGUUAGCAAGUUGUGAAGGCAAUGCAAUUCUAGUCUUUGCAAGGCCUAAUAUAAAUUUCCAUGAUUUACUUGCUUCACCAGAAAACUUCGGAGAAGACUUAGUGGUAUUGAUGCAGGACAAUGGGGGGCUCCCUGUGUUGCGUUCUAAGAGGAAGUUGUGGGUAAAGUGCAUAACUGGUGCUGUGAUAGCUGUGCUGCACUGCUGUUUGCUAUUUGUUAAGCUGUUGAGCUAUGGUGCUGCUGAGCUGAGAUGUUGCUGUGCUGAGAUGCUGCUGUGCUGGGGAUGAUUAGAGCUCUGGUUGGAGUCUGAUUUGGUUUUCUCCAAGAUCAGUCUAUCCCUGUGCAGGCAAGGCUGUUGUUAUUGCAUAACUGGCAACUGUUGCAGCUGCCAAGGAAGAAGAGGAAAUUUAUCUGAUUUUCCUUU